AUGUUUUCUAGCUGGCUCAAACAGUUCCUCAGGUAUCUCGGUGAACACGGUCUGCAGGCUACUCGCAUACAAAACCUCAAGAUGUGCACAAUUCCUCUGUGGAUAUUUUCCUCAUUCGCCAUAAGGAACGUUAUCAGCUCAGAUUUUCAUCCCAGCAUCGCCGGUGGGCUUUGGAUUCCCGACAUGCUCGUUCCUGAUCCUUACUUUAUUUUACCCAUUGCAGUAGGAGUUUUCGGGUUCUUGAACCUUUACUCUCAACGGAAAAUAUAUCCAAUUGCGAUGAGUACAUGGAAAACGCGGUCCUAUGAUUUUUGUCUGGGCUUCUUCACGCUUUUUGCUGUAACCAUCAUGUCGCAGUUGCCAGCGGUAAGCGGCUUUUUGCCU